UUCUUGGCAUUCUGGGAAAUAAACAGAUUAGUAUCUGGUGUAUCAAUAGCAUGUAGCGUCUAUCAGCACUUACUAUUGUGGGAGAAGCGAGAAAUAACACGUAGUUGGGUUGUCAGACUGACGUCGGUGCUCCGGUUGUCACUUUGCUCCGGGAAGAGAAAAAUAAGGAUAUUUUUUUUUUUUCCGGGCGAAUCGCGCGUUGGAAUCGCGCGUUGAACUGGAUUUCCAGGACUUUGCACACGCAGCAGCCUGUAAAGUGGAGUCUCUCUCAGUGGACUAGCACCCCUGCUGCAACGUUGUGCUAAAUAGGACCGAAGAGUUGCAAAAAAAAAGUCUUGCACGGAUUUAUCUUUCAACCGUUUUGGUAUCUAUACGAAUAGUAAGCAUGAUCUGACGUUUUUUUUUUUUUGUAAAUAACGUGACUUUCUUAUCAGUUUGUUUGUUGCCCUUCCUCGGCUUUCCAGAUUUUCAUCGACCGAUGCUUUUUCAACUCAGUGAUUCACUGGUGUGAGUGAUUUCUGGCGUUUGACUCCUAGGCGAUGUGAACGUUAAUCAUAAGUGAUUGAACUGGCAUGUCUCCCAAUUACACACAAGGUAACUGUCACACUGGACAAGGAUUCAUAUAAAUGGCAACUCAGAUCGGAAUCAUUUUUCUUUUUUGAAGUCUAUGUAAACAAUUGUCCUCUGUACUGAUAAAGUGAUGGGUCCGCAGCACAGAAGCCAUCGAUAACCUCCUGUGUGUCAGCACAUUUUUAACCCUACUUAUCUUUCUCAGUUGUCAUUUUAGAUUUAUGUUCAAGCCUUAUUCAAGUUACAACGCUCAUCGUUAACCUGAACACCACCAUCAGAGCGACUGGCUAUCUCUUCCCGAGACUCCGUUGAAAGGACAAUCAUGUGGGGCCCGGCGCCACAAUCCCUGCAGGUCUUCGUAAAAGUCCUGAAACACGCCGCUGUCAAAGGACAGAUCCAGCUGAACCGCUGGCUCCAGAGAUCCACCCCGGACGACUGCGAUCAAAUCGACAACUUGAUAUGCAACGCCUUCGACGAGAGAGGAGGCGCCGUCGGGAAGUCAGACGGAGACCCGGAGAGCAUCGUUGACACAGGCGUGUCAUUCACCGGUGGCGGCGCCACCAACGGGGAUUUCAGACACCCGUGUUGUAUUACUACGUGUUGUUUCAAGAGCAGCCUCCUGGCGUGCAUUCUGACAGCUGUGUGCUUCUCCUCCGUGGCUCUCGUCCGACAGUACCUCAAGGACCUUCUCCUCUGGGUGGAGAGCUUGGACAGCCUGGUUGGAGCCUUGCUGUUCAUAGUUGGUCUGAUCAUCGUGUCCUUCCCAUUCGGCUGGGGCUACAUCGUACUGAACGUGGCUGCGGGGUACCUGUACGGCUUCGUGCUGGGUAUGGGGCUGGUCAUGGUGGGGGUGCUCAUAGGUACCUUCCUGGCUCACCUGGUGUGUAAGAGACUGUUGACGGACUGGGUGGUCAACAAGGUGGGGAACUCUGAACAGCUCAGUGCUGUAAUACGGGUGGUGGAGGGGGGGAGUGGACUCAAAGUUGUGGCCUUAGCGAGACUCACACCCAUUCCUUUUGGACUCCAGAAUGCAGUGUUUUCAAUCACAGACGUGUCGUUGCCAAACUACCUGGUGGCGUCGUCAGUCGGCCUGCUGCCCACUCAGCUCCUAAACUCCUACCUGGGCACCACGCUGCGCACCAUGGAGGACGUCAUCGCAGAACAGAGCGUCAGCGGAUACCUUGUCUUCAGUCUACAGAUCAUCAUCAGUAUAGGCCUGAUGUUCUACGUGGUCCAUCGGGCCCAGGUGGAGCUGAAUGCGGCCAUCGCUGCCUGUCAGAUGGAGCUGAGGACUUCGCACAUGAACGGCACUUCCACCAAUCACAGCGGCUUCACCUACUGCAGCAAGAGGGCGUCGGCCGGGGGCGGGAUCAUCAACGUGGUCUGACGUCUCAAAACCCUGAUUUGACACGAGCGAAUGGGAUCAAACUGAACACCGAUUGGCCAGUAGAGCAGAUCUGAUAUCUUCCACGACGAGGAGGACCUACCAAAUAGCGACACUGAUUGUGUGGAUCUGUGGGGCUUGUAGCUGCAGCUGAGGGCUGCCAGGUGUUUAGUAGUCAGGUACACUGGUCUUGUCAUCACAGACUUAGCUACAACCUGAACACUCUAUGCAGCACAGCUCACCAUUCAGAUCUCAAUGAGACCAAGGGCUUGUCUUCUACAGUGUGGAACCAGGGGCUUCUCUUCUACAGUGUGGAACCAGGGGCUUCUCUUCUACAGUGUGGAACCAGGGGCUAAGGGCUUCUCUUCUACAGUGUGGGACCAGCGGCUUCUCUUCUACAGUGUGGGACCAGGGGCUUCUCUUCUACAGUGUGGGACCAGGGGCUUCUCUUCUACAGUGUGGGACCAGGGGCUAAGGGCUUCUCUUCUACAGUGUGGGACCAGCGGCUAAGGGCUUCUCUUCUACAGUGUGGGACCAGGGACCAGGGGCUUCUCUUCUACAGUGUGGGACCAGGGGCUAAGGGCUUCUCUUCUACAGUGUGGGACCAGGGGCUUCUCUUCUACAGUGUGGGACCAGGGGCUAAGGGCUUCUCUUCUACAGUGUGGGACCAGGGUGCUUUGCGAAAAUGUUGACCUCAUUUCUAAUGAUGUCAAAAGGAAGAAAUGGUUUAGCAUACACUACGAGGCCUUUUUUCUAUAGUUUUUUUGUUUGUUUUUUUCUCUCUCUCACCAUAAGAAGCAGUACGCCAACUUAUUGUUCCUGCUCUGUUACUGCGGUAGAGGCUUAAUGAUGACGUAUGGCUUAAUGAUGACGUAUGGCUUAAUGAUGACGUAUGGCUUAAUGAUGACGUAUGGCUUAAUGAUGACGUAUGGCUUAAUGAUGACGUAUGGCCUAAGGAUGACGUAUGGCUUAAUGAUGACGUAUGGCUUAAUGAUGACGUAUGGCUUAAUGAUGACGUAUGGCUUAAUGAUGACGUAUGGCCUAAGGAUGACAUAUGGCUUAAUGAUGACGUAUGGCUUAAUGAUGACGUAUGGCCUAAGGAUGACGUAUGGCCUAAGGAUGACGUAUGGCUUAAUGAUGACGUAUGGCUUAAUGAUGACGUAUGGCCUAAGGAUGACAUAUGGCUUAAUGAUGACGUAUGACAUAUAGCUUAAUGAUGAUGUAUGGCUUAAUGAUGACGUAUGACAUAUAGCUUAAUGAUGACGUAUGACAUAUAGCUUAAUGAUGACGUAUGGCUUAAGGAUGACGUAUGGCUUAAGGAUGACUUAAUGAUGACGUAUGGCUUAAGGAUGACGUAUGGCUUAAGGAUGACGUAUGGCCUAAGGAUGACGUAUGGCCUAAGGAUGACGUAUGGCUUAAUGAUGACGUAUGGCCUAAGGAUGACGUAUGGCCUAAGGAUGACGUAUAGGCCUAAGGAUGACGUAUAGGCCUAAGGAUGACGUAUGGCCUAAGGAUGACGUAUGGCCUAAGGAUGACGUAUGGCCUAAGGAUGACGUAUGGCCUAAGGAUGACGUAUGGCCUAAGGAUGACGUAUGGCCUAAGGAUGACGUAUGGCCUAAGGAUGACGUAUGGCCUAAGGAUGACGUAUGGCCUAAGGAUGACGUAUGACAUAUAGCUUAAGGAUGACGUAUGGCUUAAGGAUGACGUAUGGCUUAACGAUGACGUAUGGCUUAAUGACCAUAGCUGAGAGGGUCACUACAACAGAGGCACAACCUGGCUGGUCACAAAUGCCCCCCUAUUCCAUAUGCACUACUGUAGAGCCCUAUGGUUCCUGGUCAAAAGUAGUGCGCUAAUAUAGGUAAUAGAAUAGGAUGCCAUUUGGCACGUAAUCCCUGUUUGCCUGUCAGAUGUACAACAUGCUAAUAAUAUGCCUGUGUAAAGUAGAAGGAAUUUGUUGUGUUCCGUUUCCAUGUUCCAUCCAAACCUCCCAUGCAUAUUAUAGCUGUUUUUAGUUACCAACCAUUUUGGGGGGGAUUAAUUCAUUUGUUAUUAUUAUUUUUUGAAUUUUUUUCAUGUUCAUUUGCAAAAUAGUAAAGGGCAUUAUUUGGAUAGGUUUAUCAGUCUGUAGUUGAAUUCUGUUUAAUUGUGCCUUAUUGCUUAGAAUAGAGGAAGACAAAGCUGUCUGUUGGUGUUACCAAGCUAGGAGUACUGGAGUUCAUUAGGCACCAAACGGAAAAAAGGUCGGCUUUGGCCUGGCUGGCCAAUGGGAGCAGGUCGGCUUUGGCCUGGCUGGCCAAUGGGAGCAGGUCGGCUUUGGCCUGGCUGGCCAAUGGGAGCAGGUCGGCUUUGGCCUGGCUGGCCAAUGGGAGCAGGUCGGCUUUGGCCUGGCUGGCCAAUGGGAGCAGGUCGGCAUUGGCCUGGCUGGCCAAUGAGGGCAGGUCGGCUUUGGCCUGUUCUGUCUGUCAGUUGAUACUUUUAGCAGCUCUGCAGUUCUGACAGGAACAGAUGGAAAGGAGAGAGACGUCCUCAGCUCAGCAGGAGAUGUUGUAAUGUUUACUGUAGGCUAGCUAGUUUAACCAUUCUGAUUUACUGUAGGCUAGCUAGUUUAACCAUUCUGAUUUACUGUAGGCUAGCUAGUUUAACCAUUCUGAUUUACUGUAGGCUAGCUAGUUUAGGCUAGCUAGCUUAACCAUUCUGAUUUUACUGUAGGCUAGCUAGCUUAACCAUUCUGAUUUUACUGUAGGCUAGCUAGCUUAACCAUUCUGAUUUUACUGUAGGCUAGCUAGCUUAACCAUUCUGAUUUUACUGUAGGCUAGCUAGCUUAACCAUUCUGAUUUUACUGUAGGCUAGCUAGCUUAACCAUUCUGAUUUUACUGUAGGCUAGCUAGCUUAACCAUUCUGAUUUUACUGUAGGCUAGCUAGCUUAACCAUUCUGAUUUUACUGUAGGCUAGCUAGCUUAACCAUUCUGAUUUUACUGUAGAAAACAAUGUUCUAUUGUGAGGAUAGCUGUAGAUUAGCCAGGCUCCAGAUCUGUUUGGCUGUACACUUCUCCCAAAUAAAGAAAACUGUUUUCUACUGUGAGUAAAAAGGAUAGCUGUUUAAGUCUCUCUAGCCUGCUUCAGAAAAUCCUACAACUAAUUUAUUUGUUUUGAGCAGGUUUGUUGUAACUUCAGUUCUAUGAUCUAUUCACUUUUUUUUUGCGGUCUAUGAUAGUUUAGGCUGUGGGAUUAUUUUGAUCAUGUACUGUAGGCUAGCUAGGCUAGCUAGUCUUGUCUCCAGUACAAUACCCCUAUACAACCAAUGACAUGGUAAAGCUGUAGUUUUUGUACGUAAACGUUCUCCUUGCAUCCACCAAACCCUUGAUUCGUCCGUCGGACUGACAAAUGGUGAAACAUGAGACAUCACUCUUAAGAAAGCGCUUCUACUGCUCCAGAGUCCAAUGGCCUGCGAGCUUUACACCACUUCAACCGACGCUUGGCACGGCGCAUGGUGAUCUUAGGCUUGUGUGCGUCUGCUCGGCCAUGGAAACCCAUUUCAUGAAACUACCGACGAACAGUUAUUGUGCUGCAGUUGCUUCCAGAGGCAGUUUGGAACUCGGUAGUGAGUGUUGCAACCGAUGACAGACUAUUUUUACGCACUUCAGUACUCGGCGGUCCUCUUCUGUGAGCUUGUGUGGCCUACCACUUCGCGGCUGAGCCGUUGUUGCUCCUAGACGUUUCCACUUCACAGUAACAGCACUUAUAGUUGACCGGGGAAGCUGUAGCAGGGCAGAAAUUUGAUGAACUGACUUGUUGGAAAGGUGGCAUCCUGUGACGGUGCCACGUUGAAAGUAACUGAGCUCUUCAAUAAGGCCAUUCUACUGCCAAUGUUUGUCUUUGGAGAUUGCAUGGCGGUGUGCUGGAUUUUGUACACCUGUCCGCAAUGGGUGUGGCUGAAAUAGCCGAAUCCAUCUUUAUUUUUUUUAAGGGGUGUCCGCAUACUUACGUAAAUAUAGUGUACAUGAAUCUAGAGCUCCAGAUUCCAGCUGGUUUAAACAACUAGUAUAUAAAAUGGUGUUUCUUAAUACGGACAAAUGAAACAUGACAUGUACGCAAAACGAUGAAUGUGAGCAUCCUUAUGUGCGCAUUUUAUUCUAUGGACUUGAAUAUUCUUAUUGUGGUGAUGCUGCUGCUUUGAUGGUAAAGGUCUAGUAGAGGAUACUGGUUUCUACCAAACAUCAUCUCGUCUGGUUUGGUCUUCGUUUUGUUCCCAAGCCUGAAUUCUCUCUUCCCCAUAGCCUGGUCCCAGACCGGUUUCUGUUGUCCUGCCAAAAUGACACUAUAAGGUGUUGGCUUGGCUCCACCACAAACCGAUCUGACAACAGUCUCUCUGUUCCAUCUUUUCUCAUUCUUCUUCUCUGGUUUUGGAAGCAGCAUAGAGGUAUACACCAACACAUUCCAUGCUGUCUUGUCAGUUUGUUGUCUCUCUCAAAAAGCUGUUGAAUAUUUUUUUUUUUAUUCUAAUAAUGUGUAUACCAGAAUUUAAGUCUUCACUAUUUCUGAGAAUGGGGCCUCCUCCUUCCUGAAUUUAGCAAUAAUGUUUUUGAAAAAGUGUGCAGAAAUGUGAUGACGGGACUAUAUUGAUAUUAACGGGCAGAAUCAUACAACAUUCCCUGCGUUGCUUUUCCAACUCCGUUGGAUUUAGCCUGGCUCCAGAUCUGUUUGUGCUUUUACCUACUUCAUGCUGUCGUUCAAGCCAAGACGAGGAGUGGCACGGUGGCACAAACAGACUGGUACCCAGGCUACAUUAGAGAUUGACAAGACCGCACAAGCAGAUCUGGGAUCCAGGCGAACAACCUGCCUUGUACUUCCUGCUGUCUGACACGUAAAGCUGCCUAACACGUCAUCAUAGACGGACCGACGCUUCAUUAAUUCUACUCUGUCCACCAGCACAGCAUUUAAACUGCUUUUAUUUAGACAAACAAACGGGGCAGUUGGAAAAAGUGUUGUCUCUAGCCACUGAGCCUGGGGACGAGGUUAGUAGAGGUGUCGUCUCUAGCCACUGAGCCUGGGGACGAGGUUAGUAGAGGUGUCGUCUCUAGCCACUGAGCCUGGGGACGAGGUUAGUAGAGGUGUCGUCUCUAACCACUGAGCCUGGGGACGAGGUUAGUAGAGGUGUCGUCUCUAGCCACUGAGCCUGGGGACGAGGUUAGUAGAGGUGUCGUCUCUAGCCACUGAGCCUGGGGACGAGGUUAGUAGAGGUGUCGUCUCUAGCCACUGAGCCUGGGGACGAGGUUAGUAGAGGUGUCGUCUCUAGCCACUGAGCCUGGGGACGAGGUUAGUAGAGGUGUCGUCUCUAGCCACUGAGCCUGGGGACGAGGUUAGUAGAGGUGUCGUCUCUAGCCACUGAGCCUGGGGACGAGGUUAGUAGAGGUGUCGUCUCUAGCCACUGAGCCUGGGGACGAGGUUAGUAGAGGUGUCGUCUCUAGCCACUGAGCCUGGGGACGAGGUUAGUAGAGGUGUCGUCUCUAGCCACUGAGCCUGGGGACGAGGUUAGUAGAGGUGUCGUCUCUAGCCACUGAGCCUGGGGACGAGGUUAGUAGAGGUGUCGUCUCUAGCCACUGAGCCUGGGGACGAGGUUAGUAGAGGUGUCGUCUCUAGCCACUGAGCCUGGGGACGAGGUUAGUAGAGGUGUCGUCUCUAGCCACUGAGCCUGGGGACGAGGUUAGUAGAGGUGUCGUCUCUAGCCACUGAGCCUGGGGACGAGGUUAGUAGAGGUGUCGUCUCUAGCCACUGAGCCUGGGGACGAGGUUAACGUAGACAUAUGUUAUGCAAUCAUGAAGCGGGUUUUACCGACAUCGAAAUCUUUAGUUUCUGUUCAUCUGUUGGCUCUACUUAACGUAGACACAUGUUAUGCAACCAUGGAUUUGUACAGGAAGUCUUCCAUAGACCUACCAAGUCUUAGCCUGGCCCCAGAUCUGUUUCUACUGUUUAGCCAACUCCUAAAUGGUGUUUGACAUGACAAUGACCAUAAGAGUUGGAUAUACAAACUAAUCUGUGUCCAGGCUAACAAAGCCCUACUCUGUGAGCUAACUGGAGUCUGGUGAAGUAGCCUCUAGAUCAGAGGUAGGCAAACUUUUUGGCUUGAGGGCCACAUCGGGAUUUUGAAAUUCAACAGAGGGAUGCAUUUUUUUGGGGGGGGACCAAUUGCUUGUUAAAAUCAAUUUGCGGGGGGCCUCCCGAGUGGUCUAAGGCGUCAUUACAGACCCGGGUUCGAUCCCAGGCUGUGUCAUAGCCGGCCGUGACUGGGAGACCCAUGAGGCGGCGCACAAUUGGCCCAACGACGUCCAGGUUAGGAGAGGGUUUGGCAGGCCGAGAUUUCCUUGUCCCAGUCCCGGGCCGGGCGCAGUGCACACUGAUACAGUCGCCAGGUGUACGUUUUUUUCCUCUGACACGUUGGUGCGGCUGGGUUAAGCGGGCAUUGUGUCAAGAAGAGUCCUUACUGGAGUUGCAGCGAUGGGACAAGACUGUAACUACCAAUUUGGAUACCACGAACUUGGGUAUUCAGAUACUGGGUCGGUUUAUACAUUUUUGCCAGCUAAUGGUUAAGGUUAGGAUUGGGGGGAGGGGAAGCUGUUCCUAGAUCUGUACCUAAAGAGAAACUUGGUUUCUUGAUUUAACUGCCCAUUGGAACACAGCCUGGUCUCAUAGACCUGACGUAACAUAGUAAAAGCAAAUCCGCGAUACUAAUUAGUAUGAUAGGUUACGUUACGUUUGGUUACAUGAGACAUGGUUACUGAAGGUAAAAAUUAAAAUAGGAUGGUUGAGGUGGACGUGUGGGCGUAUAAAGCCAAUGUCUUCUAACCGUUGCGACUUUGCAACUACUUAACAUGUUAGCUAGCCCUUCCCCUAAUCUUAACAUGUUAGCUAGCCCUUCCCUUAAUCUUAACAUGUUAGCUAGCCCUCCCCCUAAUCUUAACAUGUUAGCUAGCCCUCCCCCUAAUCUUAACAUGUUAGCUAGCCCUUCCCCUAAUCUUAACAUGUUAGCUAGCCCUUCCCCUAAUCUUAACAUGUUAGCUAGCCCUCCCCCUAAUCUUAACAUGUUAGCUAGCCCUUCCCCUAAUCUUGACAUGUUAGCUAGCCCUUCCCCUAAUCUUGACAUGUUAGCUAACCCUUUCCCUUUAACGUAACUCCAAAACGAACUGUUUGCCAUCUAACUAGAAUUCGUAACAUAUCAUACGUUUUACAAAUUUGUAACAUAUUGUACAUUUUGGCAAAUUCGUAACCUAUAAAAUGGGUGACGGACUUUCACAAAUUAAUACAUACGAAACAUAACGUAUCAUAUCAAAUGGAGUGUCUCGGAUUUACGUAUAGAAUAAUAGGAAAUGAUCUGAGACCAGGUUAUGGAACAAGGUACUAGACUAGCUUCAGACCAGGUUAUGGAACAAGGUACUAGACUAGCUUCAGACCAGGUUAUGGAACAAGGUACUAGACUAGCUUCAGACCAGGUUAUGGAACAAGGUACUAGACUAGCUUCAGACCAGGUUAUGGAACAAGGUACUAGACUAGCUUCAGACCAGGUUAUGGAACAAGGUACUAGACUAGCUUCAGACCAGGUUAUGGAACAAGGUACUAGACUAGCUUCAGACCAGGUUACGGAACAAGGUACUAGACUUGCUUCAGACCAGGUUACGGAACAAGGUACUAGACUUGCUUCAGACCAGGUUAUGGAACAAGGUACUAGACUAGCUUCAGACCAGGGAUGAUGAAAUACUCGUCCCACCGUUAUCAAGCGCAUUACAAACGUACUCUCUUUCGUCAUCCAGAUAACAUCAGUGUAUGAAUUGAUAUUUAUCACCCCACCAUGCUUGUUCAGUGUUAUUUAUUAAAUAAAUAAAAAUAACUGGCAACAA